AUGGGCGCAAAGAAAUCAGCCGCCAAAGACCGAGGCUACGUCACCGCCACCGAGUGGAAACUCGACGGCGGUGGCAAAAAAAACGCCUCGGUCAACGCGCCUUUAAAGAAACUCCCGUUCAACUGUUGCGCGUUGUCCUUUUUACCGUUCGAAACGCCUGUUUUUGAUGUCAAUUCCGGCUCGAUAUACGAUUUGGAAAACAUUUUCCCCUACGCUUUGAAACAUAAACAGGAUCCAAUCACCGGCCGAAACAUGCAAAUAAAGGACCUGAAAGAACUGAAACUGAAGAAAAGCGAAGGGAACAAAGAUUUUACGUACGAGUGUCCAAUCCUAGGGAGCGAGUUUACGGAUUCGACGAAGAUUUGCGUCGUAAAACGUUCCGGUACGGUUUAA